AUGUACUUCGAUGGUGCUGCAAAUAAAAGUGGAGCUGGUAUUGGCGUCAUUUUGGUUUCCCCAGAAGGUGAAUGGAUGCCAUUAUCCAAAAGGCUAUUUUGGGCCACCAACAACAUGUCUGAAUACGAAGCUUGUAUUUUUGGAUUGGAAUCAUUGAUAUCAUUAGGAAUCAAACAUGUAGAAAUUUUUGGAGAUUCCAGUCUAGUAAUAAAACAAGUGAGAAAGGAGUGGGAAAUAAAAGAAGAAAAAUUAAAACCCUAUCUCCAAUAUACUGAAGUUCUCAAGACACAUUUUGAUGUAGUUGAAUUCAAAUAUAUCCCUAGGGAAGAAAACCAGAUAGCUGAUGCUUUAGCUGGAUUAGCUUCAGUAUGGGACGAUCCUGGAAGAUUGUUUGUCAAGCCACUAGUAAUGGUAAGGAGUAAGGUUCCAUGCUUUCAAGCUGCACAAAUAUUAGACAUCACGCAAGAUGAAAAGCCUUGGUUUCAUGAUAUUUUGAGGUUCAUGCAAGAUAAACAUUAUCCAGUAGAUGCUACCACAAAGGAUAGAAAUUUGAUUCAGAAAUUGGCUCAACAAUUUUUCUUAUUACAUGGAAAACUAUAUAAACGUCAUCAUGACUUACACCUGUUGUGCAUAGAUGAAGAAAAAGCCAAACAACUUAUGGAGGAAGUUCAUUCGGGUGUUUGUGGACCUCAUUUGAACGGUAAGGAAUUAUCUCGUAAAAUCAUGCGAUAA